AUCGCGGUCGUCUUGGCUUUUGUGGUCCGUGAUCGCAGCGCCAACAGCUGCGCUGAGUAGCACAGACUAUAUUCCUCAAUCAUUUUGGGCUGCGCGCAGCCCUCGACGAGCGAUUUUGGCAGCGCUACGAGCGCUGAGCCGAGAUCAGGCCAAGGCCACCCCAAGCGAUCAGUGAGCGCAUCUGACCCGCAGAACAGCAGCGAUCAUGGCGCCUCCUCGGAGAGGCGGCCGAGGCGCUGCCAAGCCGGCGCAGCGCACGCACGCGGCGCCGAACGGCCGCGCGGCCGCGCCGACGCCACCUGCCGCGGGCGGCGGCCGAGGCGCCGCGAGGCCGGCGCAGGCGAGGCCGGCGCCCGCGGGGUUCCGGGUCGUGACGCCGGCGCCUGCGCGCCGCGCGGUCGUCACGCCGCCGCCGCGCGACCCCGAGCCCAUCGCCCAGUACGUGCGCAAUAUUGAACAAGACAACGAGGAGCGCCUCGAGUGCAAGAUCUGCCUCGACGCGCCGCGGGCCGUGCGCUUCCAGAAGUGCGGCCACUGCUGCGUCUGCACGGACUGCUACAACGAGCUGCUACAACUAGCGCCGGAGCACCGCAAGUGCCCGCUCUGCAACGUUCACAUCGGCGAUGCGCACUCCGUGCUCAAGACGCAGGCGGCGCUCCAGACCUUCAUGGCGUCAAGGACGCGGGGCACGAACCGGCAGCAGCGCCGCGCCGCGGAGCAGCGCAAGGACAAGGCGCAGCGCGUGCGCAAGCUGAGCCACGCCGAGGAGAAGAAGGCCCUGCAGCGCGGCCGGCGGACGCAGCUCGCCGACGGCGCCACUUUAUUAGAAUACAAGGGCCUCUACGCCAUCCUCGAGGGCGGCCAGCGGGCGACGCCCUUCGUCAAGCCGCCGCCCGUCUUACCGGCCGCGGCGCCGCCGGCGCCGCCGCGGCCGCCGGCCCCGCGGUCGGCCGCCGCCGCGGACCUGUUACUGCGCGCGGCCGUCGGCGCCGCGCCGGCCUACGCGCCGCCGCCGCGGCCGGUCCCGGUACCGCCGCCCCAGCGGUGGGCGGGCCCGCCGCUCGCCGCGCACUACGUCGUCAUCGUCGACCACUCCGGCUCCAUGAACGCCAAGGACUGCCUCGACGACUGCGGCGGCAAGAUUACACGGUUAGAAGCCGCCUACGACACAUUACUAAACUCCUACGUGAAGGAGACGCGGGAGAACGCGCCGGACGGCAAGGACAUCGUCGUAUCCUUAGUAACGAUGUCGACGAAAGCCGAGUGCGUCUUCGAGCGCUACCGCCUCGACCUCGCCGAGGACGCGAUCGGCAACCACGCUAGGGUGGCGUACGCGCACGACCACGGCAAUUAUCUGCCGGCGCUGGCCGAGGUCGAGCGCCUCUUUAGCCAGCCCAUCGACGCCGAGGGGUCCCACGCGCUCGGCGUUGUCCUACUAACGGACGGCAAGCCCUCGGACACGGUGACGGACCCGCGAUUUGUGAGUCCGGCAUUACGGGGCUACGACCGCAUCAUUGCGCAGCUCUCGUGGCUGCUGCGGGAUCUCGAGCAGAAGGUCGACGAGCGCUUCCCACGCUUCGCCUGCAACUUACUGGGCAUCGGCGCAUCGCGGGCCGAGUUCAAGAUCCUGGACGACGUCAACGCCGACAUCAAGCGCGGGAGCGUGGACCACAGCGCGCUCGACUCGUCGCUGCUGUCGUCGACGAUGACGUCCAUGGCCACCACCAUGAUGUCGAGCGUCCUCGAGACCUCGGUCUGCGCCGGCCGCGCCAAGCGCACGGUGCGCAAAGUUGCUCAAGAAUCGGCCGACGCCGCGGCCGCCUCGUCGCCGCGGCGCCCGACCGAAGCCACGGACCCGUUCGACGCCGCACUGCCGUUCCUCACGCCGGCGCAGCGCCGGAACUUCGUCGAUAACGACGUCACGUUGGAUUGCCUCGCGUUGCUGCACGACGAGGACCUCGACGACCUCCUGGAGGGCGACGACGGGGCGAAGUCGUCGUUCCGGAUGCGCUACCCGGACCCAGCGGCCGCGGAAAGGGGCCCGUCCGUCGAGGAGGCGGCGGAGAUGGCGCGCCGCGAGGUCGAGCGCCUCCGCGCGGAGGAGGAGGCGCGCGAGGACGCCCGCACCUCGUCCCUGGGCGAGAAGCUGGACGUCAAGGACCCGCACUGGCUCAUCAGCGAGCCGGUCACGGGUGCGACGCUCUGGAACGGCGAACGGUUAGCCUGGCGAGACUUCGACGCACCGCGGAUUCUAGCGAAGCGGCGCAAGUACUUCUCGGACGGCGCCGAGCGGCUGGCCUACCGCGGGGCGCUCGUCGAGCCGAACACCGCGACGAUUCUCGAGGACGUGGUUUUCAAAGAGUCAAAAUUCGAGGAGGAUCACGUCGUCGUGAAGCAGGAGGACGAGUCGGACGACAGCGACGACGACGAUGACGAGGAGGGCUUCCUCGCCCGAAUGACGGCGGCGAGGAGCGGCGGGUUGGCAGCGAAGCAUCGGGAGAAGCGCGACGUCAAGGAGAACGCCCACUCGGCCUACCACAUAACCUUCUGCAAGGCGCAGUUCGAGGCGGGCCAGCUCGCCGUGGAAUUUAACGCGGCGACGGAGCGGUGGGGGCGGCUGCCGCGCGUCACGUUCGUGACGUCCUCUGUCUACAAGUUCACGACGGGCGUGCAGGGCGAGCUCGAGACGACGCGCGUGUUGGGCGAGCCGCGGCUCCGCGGCGAGUACAAGAAGUUCACGAACAACGCGGGCAAGAGCGCCGACUUCCCGGGCUCGGACAUGGACUGCGGCCCGGUCGUCGAGCCCAAGCAGCGGGCGCAGCCGCAGCAGGGCCUGUCGGGUCUCGGCGCGAUCGGCGAGGAGGACGAGGAGGACGAGAGUGACGACGAGCCCGAGCACCUCACGGCCGGCGAGGUGCCGUACAGUGCAUAAACAAAUACUACGGCGCCUUCGACCUCACUGCCGUACAUCACACAUUAUGCACACAGGUGCCGCAGGCGUUCUCGCACUUCAGCUACGAGUACUCCAGCGGCGCGCGCAUGGUCUGCGACCUGCAGGGCUGCUUCGACCGCGAGCGGGGCUUCGAGCUCACGGACCCGUGCAUGCUGUCGAAGGUCGGCCGCAGCGAGUCGGGCUACGGCCGCACGGACCGCGGGCUGCACGGGCUCGUGGACUUCUUCCGGACGCACAAGUGCACGCCGCUCUGCAAGGCGUUGGGGCUCACAGACGCGCGCGUCCGCGAGCAGGAGCUGGUCGUCGAGGAGGCCCUGCGAAAGAAGGAGGAGCGCGAGGCCGGCCGCGCCGCCGCGGAGCGCGCGGCCGAGGCCGAGCGCGAGAAGCGCCGGCAGGCCAAGGAAGCGAAGCGCGAGCGCCGCGCCGCCGAGAAGCUCCAGGAGAAGAAGGUCGAGGAAGAUAUCGCUGCUGCGGCAGCCGAGGCUCGCGGCUUGCGCGCUCGGGCGGCGCGCGCGGUGAGCGGCGCCGUGAAGGGCGCCGCGAAGGGCGUGGCCGCGGCAGCGGGCGGCGCGGCGAACCUCAUGGCGCCGGCGGUGCAGCGCGCCCAAAUGCUGCUCAACGGCUCCGCCGAGGAGCUCGAGGACGCGGCGGCGGAGGCGGGCUAUCCGCGGUCGGCCGCCGGCGUCGUCCGCUACAAGCAGUCGCUCCGCGACAAGGUGAAGGCCGAGGAGCGCCGCCUGGAGCGGAAGGCCGAGGAGGUCGAAAAGGAGCGGAGGAGGAAGGAGCGGCAGAAGGCGAGGAAGGCCGCGGACGCCGCUGCGGCGGCGGCCACCGACGAGCACAAGGACGAGGAGAAGGAGAAGAAACGCGUCCGGCCGCAGCCGCCGGCCGCGGCUUUUGAGAAUAGCGACGAGGAUAGCGACGACAGCGACGACGACGAGGGCUUCUUCGCGCGGAUGACCGGGCGGGGAGCUAAGGCGGCCCCGGCGAAGGCGGCGCAAGCCGAGCAGGCGGCGAUCGCGCGCGGGCGGAUGGCCAUCGGGACGGAGCACCCGAUGUUUCCCGACAACUGCGGGCGGUGCGGCGCCCCCAACGCCUCGAAGAUAUGCGGCCGUUGCAGGGCCAUGCAUUACUGCAGCGCCGCCUGCCAGCGGGCAGACUGGGCGCAACACAAGGGGGACUGUUUCAAUGCCGAGCUUAUUGUGAGGCCGCGGGCCUGAAGGAGGACGAAGAGGGAUGAUGCCCGGCGCGGCGCCGCCAAACUGUGUCACGAAUGUGUAAGACAAGACUAAAA